GCCUCCGUGCACGCGAUAUUGGACGGCUUCGGCGGUGUCAGCUCCAUCGAAGAGCUCAACGGCCCCAAAGUACAUCGCCUUGAAAAUAUUCUUAUCCUGGGUUCAUUUUACCACGACGCAUUCGACCAGCUACAACUCUGGCUGGAGAACCGUCCGAACGGUUCCAAGUAUACUUACGUCGUGAAAGCCUCAGCUGAACAUGAUCUCCGGAGUCUACUGAACAGACGUGUCGAGUUUACGACGACCGACACGGUGAAUCUUCCGUUGCCUGACCCUCGUUAUUUCAGGCUUCACGCGGCUUGCGCCCGGGCCGCUGACCUGUCAGGCGCAGAGGAGUACAACAAUAGGAUUCUGCGCGAGGCGGAAGCUACGGGUGUGCUGGCGGCCGAUGGGGGAUCGAGUGAACUGUUGGACUACGUGCUCAUGAGUCGCUUG